GGUACCUUGGGGGUAGUUGCCAGACAAACAAACGUGGCUUUGCAUUAACUAGUGGGUUGGGCGUGUUGAAGGAUCGGAGUCCAUACACGUCCUCAAGAUCAGUUCUUUCCUUGCCUCUCCUGUACUUAUUCCCAGCAAUUGCCUUCCCUUCACUCUGACUCAGAUUAAAGUUCAGAUAAAGUUCUCCUGUGUGAGCAAAUAAAAGUUUCCUGUCUGGGUGCCUUACUUGCCAGGUGGGCCGGCAAGUUAAUUUCACGGAAGGAGAGGAGCAGACACUUCCUUACCGUUUUCCUGGAGGGUUUUUUUUGUGUAGGCCAGGUUCAGAAAGAAAUGCUCAGUUUUCUGGUAAAUGCCCAGAGUAUUUGCUCUCAACUCAGGAUGUGGUCAGCAAUUAGAAACAAGAACAAAAACCUUUUAAAAAAUUGGCCAGUGCUUUUCUUUUCCCAAGGAUUUGGAAUUGUACUGAUACCAUAGCCCAUUUUCAGGUGGGCGGGCCUAAAUGAAAAAAUUCUAACUGGUUGAAAAAAAUUCAAGUUAACUCAACAUUUGUUUGUUUGUUUACCAGCAGUAACAACCCACAGUGCUUGUUAAUUUCAUCAUUCAGAACAUUUUGGAAGAAGUCUGUAGAUUUCACAUUAAGUAGUGUUCCAAUAAAGGGAAGGGUGAGCUAACCCAGGAUCAGUUGCCCCUGCCUUCUUUGUGAGUGGGAAAAGUCAUAAUCACCAAAGAGGGGCGAAGUAAGUUUCCUAAAGUAACUUUGAACUCUUCCUGGCAGUGAAGUUAGGUACUCUGUUACCACCACCUUGACUGGGAAAGAUGCUUUAUUUAGUAAAAUCGGAUGCCAAAGGCAGAUACUUUUUAAAACUGUAAAGAAAUGUAGUAAAGGACAGGAAAGUUUUAUCUCUGUGCUCUAAACACGUGUAUUCAUCUGUCUGCUGGUAGUUUUCCUUGGAUAUAUCAGAGAUAGCACAAAUGUAUUUUAAAAAAUGAAUCCAUAAUUCCCUCUCCUCUCUUUUAAAACUCUCCCACCUCUGGUCUUCUUCUCAGUCAAUGGCACCUACGACUACCCAGAUGCUCAUUUUAGAAACCUGGCAGCUAUUCCCAUGUGUUCUUUCAGUCACCCCCCCACUUCCAGUCCACCCCAACUGUAGAUGUCGAGUCCAUCCAUCUCUGUCUCUCCCCUCCCCCACUCCCUCCUGCUCUCUCUGGUGACACCGCUAGAGUAUAAGCCACCAGCUUACUUUGUCUAGACUACUUUCUAACUGGUUUCUUGGCCAUCCCUCCUGCUCCUUUCUUGAUCCAUAUAGCUUCUUAAAGUGUGAACUGGAUCCUAAGACCUUCUAGCUCAACACCCAGUGGCUUCUCAUUGCACUUAGGCUGGGAGCCAAAAUCCUUCACAAGCCUACAGGCUGAGUGGUGGUCUGGCCGCAUCCGCCUCUCCUGGUACAUCUUUCUGCUGCGUGAUGUGCCUCGGGUUCCCUGGCCUUCAUAACCAGGACUCGCCUACUGUACCUAUGAACAAGCUUGCUAUUCCCUCUGGAAAACUCUCCUCCUUCUUUUCUUAGCUAAUUUGAAUUUGUCCUUUAAAUCAGCUUAAAUGUCCUCAGCGAGCCCCCGAUGUAAAUCACUCUGCCCUGUUACUCUCAUUCAGGAGGUGUGUGUUCUUCUUUCAUAGCCCUAAUCACAGUUAAGAAUUCCUCCCCACCCUGAGCCCAUAAGCAGUUUGAGGUCAGGGAUCUGUGCUGUCUUACAUUACUAGUGUCGGGCAAAAUCCCUGGCACGUAAUAGGUCCUCAGUAAAUAUUUGGGGAACGAAUGAUUGAGAAUAUUUUAACUUAGUCUUUACAACAUGUUGUGAGAAAGGUAUUAUUUUCUCAAAUUACACCUGAAGAAAAUGGGGCGCCUGGGUGGCUCGGUCGGUUGAGCACCUGCCUUUGGCUUAGGUCAUGAUCCCAGGGUCCUGGGAUCGAGCCCCGCAUCAGACUCCCUGCUCAGUGGGGAGCCUGCUUCUCCCUCUCCCUUUCCCUCUCCCUCUGCCUGCCGCUCCCCCUGCUUGUGCUUGCUCUCUUUCUCUCUGUCAAAUAAAUAAAUAAUUUAAAAAAAAAAGAGAGAGAGAGAAGAAAAUGAAACUGGGAUUAAGUAACCUGUCCAAGAUCACAGUCGGUGGAAGAGCAAGAACGCAAAGCCAGGUUUUCUUUUCUGACUGUAGUUUGAACAAGAAGAUGAUAUCUCUGUCCAUCAGAUGGCCACUGGCAACCAUGCUGUUUCUACCGUCCUCACUGUUGAUUCUCUUAACUGUGUCAACUCCUUCGUGGUGUCAGAGCAGUGACACGAUGUCUCCAAAAGCUAGUAAUGGGACUCCGUUCCCCUGGGAGAAAAUGCGACUUCCUGAGCACAUCAUCCCAGUUUAUUAUGAUCUCUUGAUCCAUGCAAAUCUCACCACUCUGACUUUCGAGGGAACCACGGAGAUAGAAAUCACAGCCAGCAAGCCUACUAGUACCAUCAUCCUGCAUAGUCACCUCCUGCAAAUAUCUAAGGCCACCCUCAAGAGGAGAGUCGGAGAGAGGCUGUCUGCAGAACCCUUGAGAGUCCUGGAGUACCCGCCUCAUGAACAAAUCGCACUUCUGGCUCCCGAGCCUCUGGCUGUUGGGAUCCCGUACACACUUGUCAUUGACUACACUGGCCAUCUUUCUGAGCAUUUAAAUGGAUUCUAUAAAAGCACUUACAGGACCAAGGAAGGGGAAAUGAGAGUACUUGCAUCAACACACUUUGAACCUACUGCAGCCAGAAUGGCCUUUCCCUGCUUUGAUGAACCUGCCUUCAAAGCGAAUUUUUCAGUCAAGAUCAGAAGGGAGCCAAGACACCUCGCCAUCUCCAAUAUGCCACUGGUUGAAUCUGUGACUGUUGCUGAAGGACUCAUAGAAGACCAUUUUGAUGUCACUGUGAAGAUGAGUACCUACCUGGUGGCCUUCAUUAUUUCAGAUUUUGAGUCUAUUAGCAAGAUGACCAAGAGCGGAGUCAAGGUUUCCAUAUAUGCUGUGCCAGACAAGAUCCAUCAGGCAGAUUAUGCACUGGAUACCGCAGUGACUCUUCUAGAAUUUUAUGAGGAUUAUUUCAGCAUUCCAUAUGCCUUACCCAAACAAGAUCUUGCUGCUAUUCCGGACUUUGAGAGUGGUGCUAUGGAAAACUGGGGACUGACCACAUACAGAGAAUCUAGUCUCUUGUUUGACGUUGAGAAGUCUUCGGCAGAAGAUAAGCUUGGCAUUACUAUGAUAGUGUCGCAUGAACUCGCCCACCAGUGGUUUGGGAACCUCGUCACCAUGGAAUGGUGGGAUGAUCUUUGGUUAAAUGAGGGAUUUGCCAAGUUUAUGGAGUUUGUGUCGGUCAGUGUGACUCAUCCUGAACUGAAAGUUGACGAUUAUUUCUUCGGCAAGUGUUUUAAUGUGAUGGAGGUAGAUGCAUUAAAUUCUUCACAUCCUGUUUCAACAGCUGUGGAGGAUCCUGCUCAGAUUCGGGAGAUGUUUGAUGACGUUUCUUAUGAAAAGGGAGCUUGUAUUCUGAAUAUGCUAAGGGAUUAUCUCGGUGCCGACGUAUUUAAAAGCGGUAUUGUACAGUAUCUCCAGAAGUACAGUUACAAAAACACAAGGAAUGAGGACCUGUGGAAUAGUAUGGCAAGUAUUUGCCCUACAGAUGGCACAGAAAGGACGGAUGGCUUUUGCUCCAGGGGUCCACAUUCAUCUUCAGCCUCACACUGGCGACAGGAGGGCCUUGAUGUGAAAACCAUGAUGAACACGUGGACGCUGCAGAAGGGCUUUCCCCUGAUAACGGUCACGGUGAGGGGGAGGAACGUGCACAUGAGGCAGGAGCACUACAGGAAAGCACCCGAGGACGCCUCAGAAACCGGGUACGUGUGGCAUGUUCCAUUGACCUUCAUUACCAGCAAAUCAGACUCAGUUCAAAGAUUUUUGCUGAAGACAAAAACAGAUGAGCUCAUCCUUCCAGAAGAGGUAGAAUGGAUCAAAUUUAAUGUUGGAAUGAAUGGUUAUUACAUUGUGCAUUAUGAGGAUGAUGGAUGGGAUUCUCUGACUGGCCUUUUAAAAGGCGCACACACAACAAUCAGCAGCAAUGACCGGGCCAGUCUCAUCAACAAUGCAUUCCAGCUCGUCAGCAAUGGAAAGCUAUCAAUUGAAAAAGCCUUGGAUUUAACCCUGUACUUGAAACGUGAAACUGAAAUUAUGCCAGUGUUCCAAGGUUUGAGUGAGCUGAUACCUAUGUAUAAAUUGAUGGAGAAAAGAGAUAUGAGUGAAGUGGAAAAUCAAUUCAAGGCCUUUCUCCUGCGGCUGCUGAGAGACCUCAUUGAUAGUCAGACGUGGACAGAUGAGGGCUCAGUCUCCCAGCGCAUGCUGCGGAGUCAGCUGCUGCUCCUUGCAUGUGUGCGCAAGUAUCAGCCCUGCGUGCAGAGGGCAGAAGCCUACUUCAGAGAGUGGAAGGAAGCCGACGGAAAUUUGAGCCUGCCCAACGACGUGACCUUGGCAGUGUUUGCUGUGGGGGUCCAAAACCCUGAAGGAUGGGAUUUUCUUUAUAGAAAGUAUCAGUCAUCUUUGUCUACUUCCGAGAAAAAAAAAAUUGAAUUUGCCCUCAGUAUUAGUCAGGAUGAGGACAAGCUUCAGUGGCUACUAGAUGAAGGUUUUAAGGGAGAUGUAAUAAAAAUUCAAGAGUUUCCACAUAUUCUUGGAGCUGUUGGUAGGAACCCGGUGGGAUAUCGACUGGCCUGGCAGUUUCUGAGGGAAAAUUGGGAUAAACUGAUAGAAAAGUUUGAACUUGGCUCAUCUUCCCUAACCUAUAUGGUAAUCGGAACAACAAGUCAGUUCUCCACAAGAGCACGGCUUGAAGAGGUAAAAGAAUUCUUCAGCUCUUUGAAAGAAAAGGGUUCUCAGCUACGUUGUGUCCAGCAAACAAUUGAAACCAUUGGAGAAAACAUCCGUUGGAUGGAUAAGAAUUUUGAGAAGAUCAGAGUGUGGCUACAAAGUGAGAAGCUUGAACUGCUCUAACAGUUUGUUCCUCGCUGGUUCCUGUGAUGUGUGAUUGCUAAAAUGUUGUCAAAUGUGAUGAUUUUCAAAUGAGAGAUGACUGUUUUGGCUCCAUUGAAGAUACUGCCUUUUCCUUCUUCCUCAUUGGACUAUUCCUAUUAAAAGACCGGCUACUCAAUUGUCCAUCGAUGGGUUACUGCUGCUGUGUCUUUUAUUGAUAGGUGUUGCCCUGCAAUGUUAACCCAAGGGGUGGGUGGGUUCCCUACUGUGGAGGAGUACCUUAUUCCUUUUGUUUCCUUAUACUUAAGCCUUGUGCUUUCCAAAGCCCUGCUCCCCAUGUGUGUGUCAUCCAUAAGCUAUUUAGUCACUGUCCCCUAAAGACUUGUGAAUAGUGGGGGCUACUGAACAAUGAACGCUUGGAUCGGUGACCAAGCCAGUACGUUCCACCUUUCCCUUCCCUGCUGCAGGCCCAGAGGCUGACCUCUAGGCCCAUGGCCUCAGGCUUGUUGGCUCUCUGACUUUUGGUCAGUCUCCCAGCAGGCAGGUGGGACCUGGGGUAGGAGAGAGUACAAGGGGGCUGUUUUAUUACCCUGGUUCCCUGGCUGACCUCCACCCAAACUAGCUCCUGAGAGGUGGCCCUCUUUCCCUCACAGUCCUUUCAACAUCUUCCUUCUUAUAGCAGCUUCCUCCUCUCAUCCCUUCAGGCCGAGGGAGGGGUGGAGUGAGUGCCUGGCUUUGACGGGCCCUGGCGGUACCUGUGGGCUCCUUCCAUCCUACCCUCAUCUUUGUUGAGGAAAAAAAAAAAUUUUGGAACCCUCCUCAAAUAAUCCUGAGUGUGUGGUCUACUUCCUCAGAGACCCUGACUGACAGUGUCCCUCUGAAAAAGCAGAGCGCAUUCAGGUCUAGAGGAGAAAGCUUUCUUCUGAAGUUGAACCUGGGAGCUGUUGAUCCUUGGGUAGGUGAUGCUUCUUCCCCCUGCUUCAUAGUCGGCCUAGCUCACGAUUCCCCAAUAACUUGUCAGUGACACUUACUGCGACUAAGUCGCGGCAGUCUCCCAAAAAUUAUAACUGAAAAUACGAUUAGUGUAAGUGUGGACAAUGUAUCGUCUUUGAAGUCUUUUAUGAGUUUUAAUAUACUGUAAAACUUGGAUAUGAAAAAUGUCAAUGUGUUCUAAUACACUGUGGAACAGAGUGACUUCUGGACAUAAAUGUGUUUACAAUUCUAUUUUUGUAUGUAUUGCAUGGUCUGAUGGUUUGAGAAAUCAAAACAAAACCCGAAAUUGCUGGUAAUUUCCAACCCCAGGUAUUAACCUUCUAAAAGACAUACAAAGCCAAGAUUUUAACGUAAAAUAUUUUUAAUUGUGUUCUGUAUUUUGAUUGAAUGAAACAUGGAAAUAGUCUUCAUUUCUGGUCACCUGUGGAACCUAUUUUAAUUUGCUUUAGUUGACGAAGUCCCAUUUUCUGAAUAGAUACAAUAUUGUUACAACAA